CAAGGAGACCUUCAUCCGAUUACUAGCAACGCGUCUGGGAUGACUAACCAGCUCGUUGCUACCCUUGGGUGUUCGAUCUGAUGCUAGCCUUUCCAGUCUAAGUCUAGCUGUCCAUGCGACGCUAUCUACUUUACCUCACUUCCCCUGCAGUGAGAUAUAGCGUUUUAACGUCGCCUCAUGAUGGCUCCCACGCUACGAACCCCACCGCGUCAGCGCCCCUCCAGGCAGUCUCGACCUGUUCGAUCGAGUCGAACUCAAGUCCAGUCCUACCACGAAGAUAGCAGUUCCGAUGAUCGGCUCGAUGAGGAUACUGAAUCCGAUCAUGCACGCGCCGAACGACUAUCGCAUUCGCUGCGGCCCCGAGAUUCUAAUCGCAUGCCGACAUCGUAUCGGGAGGAAACCACCGAAGAUGAGUUUGACGAUUUCGGCGACGAGGGCACAGACGCGAUUAGCCCCAGUGAAGCACCCGCACAUGAACCUCUCACAUUUUCUGAAGGAAAUAACCAUGCAAGAGAUUCUACUAGGUCUACUCGUACACGGACCGUGAGAACAAGGUCCCAAACGAUGAAGGCUAAGCGCCCGACCAAGAGGAAGCGAAUGGAAUUAGGGCGGCCGCUCACCAAGCGUCGCGAGAUCCAAGUCGAUGCUGAUCCUUACGUGGGUUCGGGCGUGAUCCCGCCGUGGCAGACGCUCCCUUAUCACAUACUACUCGAUAUCUUUGUUUGUGCAUCAUAUCCUCUCAUUGAUGAAAGGACAACCAAUAGAAAGAGCUCGGUGCAAUGGCUCGUGAAAGUCGCUCUACUAUGCCGCGCUUUCCAUGAGCCUGCCUUGGCCGCUCUGUAUCAUUGCCCUCCACUGAUCCCCGCUGCCAAGUCUCACAGCUUGCUACAGUUAUUAUCUCAACCUCAGGACCAACUUUCUACAAACUACACCAAUAAGAUCAAAGAGCUGCAUGUCGAUGUCGAAGCACUUUUGUUCUACAAAAGUGGUUCGACCCUGGGUUAUUUUGAAUUGCCCAAGUUGCUGGAAAGGACCCCUCAAGUCAAAACCUUACGACUCUAUCAUAGUCAUGACUACGUUGUCGGCCUUCCGUCGUGGCUCAUUCAGCGCUCAAAAUGGACUUAUCCAGAUAGUCUUUUCGAUGCAGUAUCAACAAGCCCCAUUCGACUUCGUAGCUGGGACUGGAACAGCCGCUUCAUGGAGACUCAGAAGCUUCUCGAGUUGAUGUCAGAAAUGCACAUCCGACCCGCAUUCCAUGGAAUGCAAGAACUGCGAUUGUUACACAUCAUGUCUGAAGACUUUCCUCACAGCAGACAGGUAUUCCCAAGCUCCGCUGAUAAAGAAAUAAUUCUGGCCGCCGCCCUUGCCGACCUUCCCGAAUUACGACGCUUAGAGUUUAUAGAGUGCUCAAUCGUGAAUGAUCACCUCCUGCCCAACCUCGCAACCAAUCUCACCUCCCUCACGAUCAAUAACUGCGACGAAGUAACUACCACUAGCUUUAGCUCGUUCAUUGCAACGCACGGCCGCCAUCUUCGAGAAUUGAUUCUCAGCCACAACCGUCACUUGAGCAUGUCUUUCAUAGUCAACCUGGCUGAAUCAUGCGAGCAACUGGAGGUCUUUAAAAUGGAUAUAUCCAUGCAUGAUUGGUCUAGUUAUCACGACGUUGAGCCUCAUUUUCGGGAACUGCUUUCAGUGUCUGAGAUUCCGACUUGGCCUUCCACCUUGCGUGAGAUUGAGCUCCUCCAGUUGCGGAAUUGGGACGAUAGGACAGCGGAAGUGUUUUUCAAUUCACUUCUCAACGCUGCUUCUAGUCUACAAAACUUGAGGCGUUUGGUGAUCAGCGCGAUUCUGAAAAUCGGGUGGCGAGAUCGAGCAACAUUUCGUGAGAAAUGGAAGGGCAAGCUGCAGAAAGUAUUCCAGCGACGAAGUCACCCGCCCGACCCGAGACUCCGUUCUAUCCCUCGACCUUCACUAUUGUCUCACUCCGCACCUAACAUGAAAGAUGGGACUGCGGACUGCGCCAACAACAACUCCGAUACACAACACAGCGGAACUUGGACUCCAUCCAAAAGGAAAAGCGCGCGCAUUGCCCAAAAACGAUUUUCGGACGAUGAAGCUACUUUCACCAAGAAGAGGCCAGGAUCUCAGGAAGCUGAUAAUGAAGAGCCACUCGUCAUUCAAGGCUUGUGUGAUGUCGUCAUGAUUCGGAUCGACAAUCAGCGUCCGACGGAGACUCAAUUCAACGAAGAAGACUUCCUCGACGACGAAUUGAGUGGGGAUGAAGACUGGAAUGGUAAUGACAUCGACGUUGACGACGGAAGACAUGCAUGGUAGCUAAAACAAGCACAUGGUAAGGUUUGUUGUGCGAAGCACGCUUCCUGCUCACCCUUUUGAUCUUUCUUACCCGUUUAUUUUCUGAUAUUGCUCGGUUACUUCUUUCGAUUCUUUGCCCACUUACUCCUCGUCUUAGUAAGUGAUUGCGACUGCACCGCUCGCAAUACUUUACCUCCUACAUGGCUUCACUUUUCUUUUUCAGUUUAGAGGGUAUAUUAUACACUGGCGGCGGGCAGGAGUACUUCAGGGCGUCUGGCUUUGCUGCUCGGGAAAACCACAGUACAGCAAUUAUUAGGGAGUGAUUUGGCUGGGUAUACCAACUUUGCUAGUGUGUUGAUAAUCUUUCGCUUGUAGAGUUACGUUUCUUAUAUCAUCAAGGACGUGAA